AUGAGCACCAUCUAUGAGGAGCACAAGGAUGAGGAUGGCUUUUUGUACGUCUUGUACUCUGGUGAGAACACCUUUGGUCAGAUCGACUUGUCUCUGUUGGACUUCUCUGAGUUCGAAGAAUCGUCUUGA